GGUGUACCAUGUGGUAAGGCGGCGGGUGACGGGCGGAGUGCGCGGCGGCGGCAGGUCGGGCGUGGGUGCGGAGGUCCCUGGUCCCUGCCAUGGCGGGGGCUGACGGGGGCGGCGUGGGUGGCGGCGGGCGGUCCCUGGGUGGUGGUGGCGGUCCCGGCGACGGAGGGGGCGUGAGAACCCCGCCCACCACGCCCAAAAAAGUGGGCGGGAAGAUGCUGGCCGUCAAGAUACUGAUGCUGGAUGAUACCUACACACUCUUCCAAAUUCAGAGCAAGGCAUGUGCGUCAGUGCUGCUUGAGCAAGUGUGUCGACAACUCAACCUCCUAGAAUCAGAUUACUUUGGCUUGGAGUACACAGACGGCAACACACGCUACUGGCUUGACCUGGAGAAGCCUAUGAGCAGACAGGUGUGCCUGAGCCAGGUGGAGCCAGUGCUGCGGUUUUGUGUCAAGUUCUACACGCCCGACCCCGCCCAGUUGGAGGAGGAGUACACCCGGUACCUCUUUGCACUACAGAUCAAGAGAGACUUGGCUCAUGGCUGUCUCCUCUGCAAUGAUAACACUGCCGCUCUCAUGGCCUCUUACAUUGUCCAAGCUGAGUGUGGUGACUUUGUGGAGGAAGACUACCCUGACCACCGCUACCUCUCCCUAUACAAGUUCGUGCCCUCCCAGGAUCCAGAGCUGGAGAGGAAGAUCAUGGAAAAUCACAAAAAGCAUGUUGGCAUGACACCUGCAGCAGCUGACCUCAACCUUCUGGAGACAGCAAGAAGAUGCGAACUGUAUGGAAUCAAGAUGCAUCCAGCCAAGGACAACGAGGGAGUGCCACUGAACCUGGCUGUGGCACACAUGGGCGUUCUAGUAUUCCAGAACUAUACUAAAAUCAACACCUUCUCCUGGGCCAAGAUCCGGAAGCUCUCCUUCAAACGAAAGCGGUUCCUCACCAAACUUCACCCUGAGGGCUAUGGUUAUUACAAGGAUACUGUCGAGUUCUUUUUUGAUGGACGAAAUGAAUGCAAAAACUUCUGGAAGAAAUGUGUGGAGCACCACGGCUUCUUCCGGUGUUCCCAAGUGAAGAAGGUCCCUCGGCAGAAGACCAGAGUGCUGUCCCGGGGUUCUUCCUUCAGGUACAGCGGCAGAACGCAGAAACAAGUGCAGGAGUUUGUUCGAGAUAACUACGUGAAGAGAGCUCCAUUUCAAAGGUCCCAGUCUUUUCGACACUCCCCUUCUGUACAUGCGAGUGUGAGCAGUGUUGGAAUGAGCAUCUCAGCACAGCCUCUUCUGCCACUCAGUGACAAUCAGUGCAUUGGCACUCCUGUUUCACUGUCAUGUGGAUCCAUGACACUUGCCUCAACUGGUGAUCCACAGUCCCCUGGAUCACCCACACAGACAGAGACAGCUGAUCUCCAUGACUUUGACACCCGUGAUAUGGAGACCCCAAGUGUGACACCAUCCCGCCAGGACACCCUCUCUCCAGAGACUUCGGUGACCUCCAGCCCACAGCGAGGCCACGACCCCGAGUAUCCCCACCAUCCAGCUCUCACCAGCAUACCAGUCCAGGCAUCAGCACCCCCACUGGAGUCUGCCAAUAGCAGGUCAUGUGAAGCAGCCUCUGCCACAGCACCACAAUUUGCCAGCACCCCCUCCACAGCAGCAGCUGCACCUCAAGAUCAGUCUGUGCUUGGGUCUCCAUCUCCCACCACCUCCCCACUCACCACCACACCUUUGUCACCACACAAGGAAAAUAUUCCUGUAUCCAAUCAUGUCAACAACCGAGUGGAUUCAAUACCUAAUGGUCAUGACACAACGGUGUCAUCAGCACGAGUUGGAGAGAUGGAAGGUGAAUCCAGGAAAAGAAAGUAUCCCAGUGACAAGGCUUACUUUAUUGCUAAGGAAAUUCUUACCACAGAGAGAACCUACAAGAAGGAUUUGGAAGUCAUCAGUUUGUGGUUGAAAGAAGAAGUUGGGAAAGAGGAGGGAAUGCCAGGCGAGAUUCUCUCAAAACUGUUCCAGCUCGUUGAUCCCAUCUAUGAGUUCCAUACACAGUUUCUCAAAGAGCUGGACACUCGGCUUGCACAAUGGGAUGGUCGUGCCAGCGGAUCAAACAAACUGGAAUCUCAGAGGAUAGGAGAUAUCAUGCUCAAAAAUAUGAGUAUGCUUAAGUUAUAUGAAAGCUACUUAGAGGGGCACUAUGGCAUCUUGGAGGGCCUCGAGUCAUCUUUCCGCAAGAAUCGCCGUUUUGAGCAGAUCUACCGAGACUUCGAGAUGCAGAAAGUUUGCUAUCUUCCCAUGACUUCCUUCAUCCUCAAGCCACUACACCGCCUGCAGCACUACCACCUCCUGCUUGACCGGCUGGUGAAGCAUUAUGGCAGUGCAAACCAUCAUGACUACAGGGAGUGUAUGACAGCUAAGGCCAAGGUGGGACAGGUCAUCAAGGCCAUGACACCAAGUCUCACAGCAUCUGAGAAUUUAGUCAAGCUGAUGGAGCUUCAGCGAGACCUCGUUGGUAUUGACAACUUAGUCCAGCCUGACCGAGAGUUCCUGCGUGAAGGCUGUCUGCAGAAGUUGUCCCGGAAGGGCUACCAGCAACGCAUGUUCUUCCUGUUCAAUGAUGUGUUGCUGUACACCAACCGCACCACCACUCCAGUCCUGCAGUUCAAGGUGCAUGGCCAGCUGCCUUUGCGAGGUGUGAUGGUGGAGGAGACUGAGAGCCGCAUGGGCGCCUCAAACUGCUUUACAAUCUAUGGUGGCAACAGGGCUUUAAUGGUAGCAGCCAAUGGGGAGGAGGAAAAGACAAAAUGGCUGGAAGAUCUUACAACAGCUAUCAACCAGGCUAAGACACGGCCAGACAAUGCUUUCCACUACCUCUCCUUGAAGUCCAUAAGUUCCUCGGAUGAAGUUCUGGAUCGCAGUGAUGGCAGUGUUCUGGAUGACAGCCUGAACACAGUGCGUGGCCUGGGGGAGAAGAGUGCCACACCACAGCAGCGCUCCAACACCACUGUCCAUGUGUGCUGGCACCGGGCAACAAGUGUGGCUGCACAGGACUAUUCACUUGCAGUACAGAAUCAGCUGAGUGGGUACCUCUUGCGCAAAUUUAAAAACAGCAUGGGAUGGCAAAAACUGUGGGUUGUGUUUACCAACUUCUGCUUAUUCUUCUACAAGACCUUCCAGGAUGACUUUCCACUGGCCUCCCUUCCUCUCCUCGGCUAUGUCAUCACUACUCCUGGAGAGGAUGACCAGAUACAAAAGGAAUUUGUAUUUAAGCUGCAAUUCAAGAAUCAUGUAUACUUUUUCAGAGCUGAAUCUGAGUUCACAUUUUCACGCUGGAUGGAAGUGAUAUCAACAGCAACACAAAAUUCUUCCCGAAUUUUUGCAUCAAGUCAUAAGGAGAAUGAAAAUGAGAGCAUAAGACUGUAAUAUAGGAAAACAAGUUGACUCCUUUUAUGUCUUAAGCUUUAACCAAAUACUGUUCUGAUAUAAAUCUAAUACAAGAAGCAAUAAUUAAAUUAGUUAAAUCUUACUCACUGCAUUGGCCUGUUUGAUAAACCCUAAGCUGUAAGUGCUACAUGGUGCAGCCAUAUCCCAAGAAUCAAGUUUUAAUUAAGAACUCUCGAUACUGAUCAUUGGGCAUGAAGCAAGUAGCAAGCAGUUUGAUUUUCAUCUUCCAGAUAAAUCAUUUACUCAAAAUUUACCAUGUAAAGUGGUCUGAAAUUGUUACAACAUGCACUAAUGACGUAAGUUCAAGGGAGUGUUUUCAUUAAUAAAGCAGUGGCGUAGCAUUGUUCUACCUGGCUACAAUACUCAAAGAAAACAGAUGAAUAAAACAUUUCCCACCAACCAGUCAGUGGUGCUCACUUGUGUUGUGCAGCACUCACCAGCAGGCUGCUUGUGCCUUAGUCACCCUAGGGGAGCACUGAUCAUACUGCUCCCACUUGUACCACUGCUGCUGGACUCCCUCCCAUGGCACCACCUGGCCUCUGCAGAAGAAACAGUCCAUUAAAUGUUUUAUGUGGAGAAAUUUAUUACUCUUGAUAUAAUGCUACUUUCAUGUCUUCAUUUGGCCAUAUUACUGUAGCUUAAAUUUUAUACAAAACCUCAAAACUGGGAUAUUUAAUUAUAAACUAAAAUGUAAGUGUUAAUAGCAUGUAAAUAGUACAGAACAAAUUGUGUAAUUUAUAGAAAAAAUGCUAUAUAUCAAUUUGGCAAGUUACUUGCCCAAAAAUUUAUGUAGUGGGAUAGUGAUGUAUUGAGUUGUAGAAAAAUUAGACAGAAAAAAGCAUAUCACUAAUUUUUCAAGUCUGAAAUACAAUACAAGUGUCAGAAAUCUAGUGUUCCAUUACUUACGGUCUUCAUCCACUUUGGGCAAAGUGUUGCUGCCAGAGAAUUAAACCUCAGUCUGUAGCAAAGUGGAAAGAAACAAGAUUUGAAUGCAAAGUUUUAUAUUAUUAUUAUUUUUAAUACUGUUCAUGUACUUUUUCUUAAUAUUUGAUAAUAAUAUUUUGCUUAAGUACAUAUCAGAGAGGGUACUGCUACACAAACUCAUGGUGCAACAAGACUCGGCAGAAUCUCUUUCGGCAAUGUGACAUUGCGACUUUACUGUCAGGCACAGGUUGUGUGAUACAUAUUUAGUUGUUGCUCAUUACUAUUUUUUUGUAGUGUGUGUAAGAAUCUUUUGAAGGCCUUUUUUUCAGCCCUGGUAUUAGGUUUUACACUUUUCUUAAUUGAAAUGGUAUAAAAAUGUUGUGACUUAUAAAUAGGUUAGAAAUGAUUCCUCUCUAAUGUAUGGUAGUUGUCUGUGCCAUCUAACACAAAUUACUUACAAGCCCUCUGGGGACAAUUGUUAUGCAGAGUACAGAAUGAACACUUGAAUAAAGACAAUUUCAUGUGGUUUCAUAUUAAAGAAAUUCAUAGCAUCUGCCAUUUUUUUUUUCCUCCCCAAAUUUUUGUGUAAAUUUAUAAUUACAGGAGGAAAUUUCACAUGCAGCUAAGAUAUAAAGAAAAGCAGGACUGUGUUAAUUAUAAUUGUUGUCAAAGAAAUAUCUAUUUAUGAGUUGUUUGUAGAUUGUGAGAGUUAGUGUUGAGAUGUCAGAUCAUAAAAUUUAUUGUACGUACUUCUUAUAUAUACAGUUCUUAUUUUGCUUAUUUAUGUGCAUAUCACUGUGCUCAAAUCAUGUAACCUUUGCCAUUUAUAUUUUUUUUUCUAUGAUUUACAUUGCCUUCAUGCUGCCUUACCACCUAAGCUCUGUAUUAUUGCAAUAAAUAGUUAGACAGUGUUCAGGCUUUAAUGUCCCAGAGAAUUAUAGGUAAUAGAUAGCGGUGGUAUUCAUGUAUGAAUAGUCAUUCAUUAAAUCCGUCAUGAAAUUCAA